UUCCUCGUCCUAUGCAGUCGUUUGUCGUGAGUUUGUCGUUUACGGGGAGCCGAGGAUCGUGCAGCGACUCGUUGCACUCCAAUCGCGAAGGACGCGCGCCGAUCAAUCGUCCUUUCGCACCGAUUUCUCAUCGCGUUUACCCGCCGAUCGCUAAUCACGCCUGGUUCCUUGCGAACCUGAUCGUCAUGGGACGCUCUCUUGGUCGAUGAAUGGUGUACGAUGACAUUUUUGGCCCGUGGGGCCGUGUCGUGCUCAUCGUAUUGGGAGCGUUCGUCGUGGUCGCCGCCUUACUCGUGAUCGCGUGUUUCGUCACACCAGGAUGUUUUGGCUACGAGUGCAUCAGAAAACGAAAGAGGGAAGGAAAAAGCGUGCCGUCGCGUGUCAAGAGCAAACAGAAUGAAAACGUCAAGUUGAACGAUGUCAGCUACAGGUCAUGGAGACUGGGUAGCCUCUACGAAAAUGGCAGCAAUGGUACGAACGAGAGCGUGUCUGUGACAGGAGGGAACUUCUGGAGUACCAGCAGCGCUCGCCUUGGACGCACCGACACCUCGUCCACCCUGAAUUUGGUACAAAAAGAGAAACAGAAAGGCGAGAAGAAACAAAGAGAAUUCCCGACGGAAUUGACAAUAAGCCUGCAAUACCUGCCGCCCUGUGACGAGACUGUUACCGGGAAGCUCGUUAUCGGUAUCGAGGCUCUGUCUGGUCUUCCACCGAAGCAAUACAAUUGCACCUUGGAACCAUACGUGGCCCUGAACAUCGUGAAGCAAUCGUGGAGCCACCGGAAACGGCAGAAGCUGCACAGUUUCCGGACAAGGGCGAUCCGACACACGGCCAACCCAAUUUUCAAAGAAACUUUCGUCGUGGCGAACGUGAAAUCGCAGGAGAUUAAGGAAUGGAUCCUUGAUUUCGCUGCGUACGACCACGACAGAUACGCGAACGACACGGAGCUGUGCUCGUUUAAAGUGUCCAUGAAGGAGGUGAAGCAAGUUUUGCAGAGUCCGGAGAUCCACAUAUUCAACUUCAGAAUGAAGCCGUCCAAUUUGGAAUUUGGGAAUAUUUUAUUAGGCAUAAGUUACUUACCCACAGCCCAGAGACUGACAAUAAACGUUAUGAAGGCGCGGGACAUCAAGUUUGCAACAGCAGUGUCCAGUUUAAGCAAAUUUAAUCCUUAUGUGAGGAUAUUGAUGCUAAACGGAAGGACUGGGCAGAGGAUGAAAAAGAAGAAAACGAAAUUCGUCUGCGCGAAUUUGCAGCCGGAAUUCAACGAAACCCUGACGUUCGAUGUGACUUGCAAUCAAUUGGAUAUCGUACAAUUUCUUGUGAUGUUGUAUAACAAAACUGUACCUGUUGAGAUUGCUGCGAGCAAUGUAGAUCACCCUAGCGACAGCGAGGAUUCUGUAACGACGAGUUACAGGACAAAGGAUGUUUGUAUUGGUAAGGUUGCAUUAGGAAAAGGUGUCAGAGGAUCGACGGAGAGGCUACAUUGGUUUUCUGUACUUCAAAAUCCUAGGAAGCUCGUUACUGUGUGGCAUGUGUUGAAAUAAUGAUUUUCAGAAUUAUUUAUUUACAAUUUUAUCUCUUUCUAGUGGACAAGCUUUCGAGUGUUGAAACAAUUUAUUUUAAAAUGAUUAAGAUAACGGAUACGUGUAAAAAAUUCAUUUGUCACCCAGAUAUGAAUGUAAAAAUAUUUAAUAUUCAAGGUGUUACAUGUUUUCUUAUAAUUUCAGAAAUAACAUGCUUCGAGUGAUAAUGCUAGACACCAAAUUCUGUAUAUUAUUAUAUUUAUUUCAUAAUUUAACGAUGCAAUCGUAACCAAAGAUUGUGAACAUUGCAAAUUUUAUAAAUAUUUAUGUGACUUCGUUGA